GCUGCGGCGGGCGGGCUGACGGGGCGAACCGGGGGUGCCGAUCGCGGGCCGCGGGGCCGGGCGGUGGGGCUGAGAGCCGGCCUCCCGCACCGCCCCGGCCCGGCCACGGGGCGGGUCAGGCGGCGGAGCCCGCCCAGGCCGCGGGGCCCGGCCCUAGGCCCGGCUCUAGGCCCAGCCCGGGGCCCGACAUGGCCGCGCUGCCGCUGCUCGCGCGGGGGCGGCGGGGGGCGCUGCGCGCGCACGAGCCGGAGGAACCGGAGCGCAAGCGAGCGUGCAAGCUGUUAGAAGCCGUUCCAAAUGAGGCCGAUGCUCGCCUCACUGAGUGUGCCAUGGAGCUGGAGUCGAAACAGAAAAUCUCUACUGAUGUUGGUCCCUGGGCUGCAAAGGCAAAGCAGAAUUCAGUGAUUUUUGAAAACCAUGGAAACAGAGGUACUGCCCAGCCUUGCCCAAGAUGUAUUGCUGGAGAAUCUGGACACUUCAGUCACAUCUUGGGCUUCUAGAAAUCGAGAGACGGCGGAUCAGCAACACCGCUUUUCUUUUUAAAUUCUCGAGAUGCACCUGUGAAGCCUGUGCAGCUGGGUAUCUGUCCCUUCACUCGCGGCCUGGAUUUCGGCAUGUAGCGCUUUGCUGUAUGUGUUACUCUUUCGGUGCACAAGUACAGAUAUCAUUGUUUAUACACUUGAAAAAGUGCUUCUGCUUUUAAUGUAGCUCAGUAUAUGUUUAAAAAAAAAAAAAGUUGAUUUAAUGUAUUAGUUAAGUUGAUCUGGCCUUUGGCCCAGCCUUCACCUGGGGCUGGACCGAAGGUCAUGUUGAUACAAGAGAUCUUUCCUGUCUCUCUUGAGCACUUUCUCUGAUACUGAUGGAAAGUGGUCCUUGCAUUUGCAUGGGCACAGGGCCUGCAGCUGAGCCUUACAUAUGCAGGCAGAAAUGGGAGGACAGGAAUGUCUUCAUUUUUAGAUAACUAUUCAGCUGUGAUAGCCAGUAAAAAUCCUAUUGAAGGAUGUUUAAAUCCAAAAUAUGCAUCCAGUUCAAGUAUCUUACAGGCUAAACUUCUAGUUUGUUUAUAACAAGCAGAGUUUGUGAAUGUGGCGGGUAAAUACCUAAUAGAAAAAAGCAGUAUUACUUGAACAACCCUCAGUAGAGCAAAUGUGAAUAGUAAUUCAGCUCUGUGGAGCUCUCAAAGUUUUUAAGAUACCAUCUGACACUCCCUGACUCUGUCGUUCCAGUUGUUGUGGGAUUAGAACAAAUCGGUUUAAAAAGUCUUGAUCUUGUCACCCAACGUGAUUUUAUUGGCUUGUCACAAAUAAUUUCGUCUACAUUUUGCCAGUAAUAGGGCGCUUGUUUUUAAACGCAUUCAGCUUGUUAGGCUCUAAGAGAGCCGAGUUGUGCUCUUUGGGUGUGACGCUUCACUGGCUGCUCUGCUUUGGGCGGAAGGGUUCUGCAGGCUCAGGACCGCGUGGCAGGACGUGAAGCCUCUGCGCUGGAGGGAAAUUGCUGUGACCUGCCAAAGCUCACAAAGAAAGUGAUCUCCACUGUCUGGAGAACUGCUGAGCUAUAGCUGUGCCCGGCUGCCGCUCAGCUUUCGGGCAGAAUUCAACCCAAACCAGAUACGGCAGGCACGACAGCGUCUGGCCUCUCCUCUUCCGAGAGCAGCCGGUUUGAAUUCAGGUGGUAGCUCCAAAGAUGCAAAAAUCUAGUGACAGGCUUUUAAAGGUUAGUUUCCCAGUGGGGUUUAUCAGGCUGCAAAAUCUUUAGGCAAGGGUUUUUCAGAGUCCUAGAAUGCUUCCCAUAUUGUGUGUGGAGGUGUGGCUGAGUUGACCCUUCUUAGGGAGAUAUUCUUCCUAAAUACAUGAAUAUCAUCUAAACACUGAAUUUAGUGAAUAGAUGAGGAAUUACAUCUGUAAAGCAGAGCUGCACUAAAUUGGCAUACAGACUGGUCAGGAAAGAAUAAGUUUCCUCUAAGCCAGUAUAAAAUGUAGUUACAUAGAAGAUAAAUCUCAAAGUGUGAAAUUUUUCAGACACUUCGAAGAUUUUCUUCACUCACAAGAACAGUACAAUCCGUUAAAAGAUCAAAUCUCCAAGAAACACAGCGGGUUUAGAAAUUGUAUUGUCCGUAUUACCUUGAAGAUCUGAAACUUUUGAAUCCCCCCACUCCCAGUACAGGUCGAUGCAGGCAAUAGUAUCUAUCCAAGCUAGAAAGGAACAGGUCCUCCCUCGAAACGACAGCAUGACGAGCAAAUUCCUGUAUACUGAUACUAGAGUUUAUCACCUAAUGCAGAACAAUCCGAAAUGUUUUCUAACGACUGACAUUACCUACUUGUUACCAAGGUAACUAGACCACGUUUUGCGGGCAGUUCAUUUUUACAUUUUCCAACCCUUGUUUUUUAACAAACCUGAUAAUAACAGCAGCCAAAAAAAAGAUGGCUCAGCAUCAGGCCCUGUGCUGUAACAGCUGAAAUAGCGGCUUGAAGGUAAAAGGCAAAUUACUGCAAAAUUGCUCAAAACCUGUUGUUCCAUCAAGUAAAAUGUAUGACAAGUGAUGAUUAGUAGAACAGUGUAUGGUCAAAAUUUAGGGUACCCAGAGAAGAGAAUAUCAAAAUUGGACUUGGACUCUGCGCUGGAACAGUUUUCUGCUAGAAUGAAUGCACUAGAGCAAAGACGUAUGCCAUCAUGUUCAAAACACAGGGAUAUGCCUGUGGAUUAUCAAACCAAAAGGGUGCUUUUCACUGAAAUGACUCAAAGCUGGUCACGUUAAGAAGUCUCAGACAGCAGGGCAGAUAUUUCUUCUGUUUGCUUGAACCUUAACUGUAUUUUAACCUGGUACAAGUAUGGUAAAAACGAGAACCAACUGGUUUUCCUUAUGGUCCUCGUAGGUUUUGUGCCGUGUUCAUUUUAAUUCCUCUCCUUUUAGAGUACCCAUUACUUGUUUUUUGUAAAACCGUUACUGUACAUAAAUCACAGGACUGGUCAUAGUUCGUGGCUGCAUUACAGAGGCCGAUGAAGUCAUACUAGAGUUUGAUUUUAAUGUAAUUUUUCCAUAUCAGUCUGCCCAUUGUUACUGUACACGUGCAGGUGUGUCACUACACCGUCCGCCUGACUCUCAUGCCUGCCCUUGGAGAUGGCUGCAUCUCUACAGCUGCGCAAAAUAGGAGAACCUUAUCCUACUUUCCACUCUGCAGCAUGAAUAUGGGCCUGAUGUACUUUCUUUACGCUGUUGUAAAAUGCAGCGUCACAUUUUUAUCAAGUCUCACCCAUUAGUAACGUUAUUCACAUGUAUGUUUUGAACGUCUAAAUGCUAUGCUACAGGAACUAAACUUGAGUACGAUGGUCACAAGUAGGGUUCUUCUUGGUUGCGUUUUUAACUCUAGCCUUCUGCGUUCUCCAGGAACACAAUAUAGGAUAUGUAGGAUCAAUUGUAUAAUAAUAUUUAAAUAAAAAACCUCUCUGUUCCCCUGCCGAUUUAAUCUGUUGUGAGAAUAAACUCCAAAAAAGGGGUGUAGAAAUAGAUGAGCCAGUGGAAGGUUAACUCCCCCCAUUUUCAGCCUAUCCCAGUUACCACUUUCAUGUAGUGACACUGUUGUCAAUAAAAUCCAUUAAAGUAGGAAAGGAAUUAAAACCACUUGGCAGUUACCAUCUCUGCUGCACCAUAACACAACUUGUAAUGAAGCAGUCAGUGCCAAAACCAAAGGUUUUGAUGUAGAAAUGUGAUGCCUUUCUUCCUUAGCAAAGAUUUCUAUGAAAACCCAUCUAUCUUUCUAUUUCUUCAGAGUUGAUAAGGGCUUUAGUUUUUGCGUCCCUAACAUUUCAGCGUCCAGGAUAAUCUUCCCCAGUUAUUUCUCUGCAAAAGCACCAGGCGGGGUCAAAUGGGAGCAGCUGGUUCAAUACCCGGGUGCUCUGGUGGAUGCGGCAGGCAGGCGCCCGGGGAGGGUCCAACAAGCAACACACAUACGGAACAGAAAGGCUUUUCACAAGUACAAACCCAGUAUUUUGUAUCGGUUUUGUUGCGGGCAUCCUUUCUUGCCUCAGAGCUAAGCCUUGAACAUCAAAUAUCACAGAAAUGAUGAAAACGUCAAUAGUUUCCAAUGGUAUUUUCUUCUUUGCUAUUGUUUGUUGAUAUAAAAAAUGUACUGGCUAUCAGGAGAAUGUCAGGACUUGACUUUGCUCUCUUUAUUAAGCACUGGUAUCUUCAAUAUUUAAGUAGUUCCUGCACGACCGGCAUUCGGGCGUGGGUGCAUACUCAUACCCUGUCUGCGCAGCGUUAGGAUGCUCUUCCUAGCGUUUGCAAAAACAGCAGCUCCCUCCUCCUUGAGUUGGCUUAAAUAUUAAACAACGAAGACGCCUUCGGGAGUUGCAGUUCGAGGCAGGAGGCAGAAGGGGAACGGCGCUGGACCCUUUGAUGAGCGUCGUAUGUUCUUGUUGCGGGCGGCCAUAAGUCCCGACAAAGACUUGAACAGAUUUUUACUUAACACUUCUGGGAAUGCUACUGCUGACAAAUAAGGUGUUCGGGAGAGGCGUACGUUGCGGUUACAUCCUCUGUAAAGCGUCCCAAAGUUAAAUAAGUGGUGUUGCUGACUCUGUGAGCUGGAGUUCACGUCCAGGCGUUCGCCGCUUCCCUCCGGCCCCGCAGAACGGCUGCUGGUCCUACUCGUCCUAAAGCGUCGACUGACCUCUCCGCUGGCUAAAACACGUUUAGGCGCUUAGAAACGCCACCCCUUCUGAGCUUUCCACAAAUGAGAACGCGUACGCUUUGGGCUAAACCUCAGACUGAAUCUUUUGGUGACUCCUUACGCCGUGCUUGCUGAUGGCGCGCGGACCGCGUGUGUGAACCCACCACUACGAAAACAAACUGCAGUUUAAUAUAUUGAAGGUUGAUAAUCGUGGUGGUUUUUUUUAAAACAGAUGUACCGUGUUUGUGAUUUGUUUCAGGAUUUGUCAGUCAGAAUCAUAAAGCUGUUGUCCCAGGUACAGAUGAACACCGCACAGGUCGGGGUGGGGGAAUAUAUCUUUAAAGCAGAUUUGUGUCAAAUCUGCCAUAGAACCACAAAGUUAUUUUUGUAAGACUUUUCCUCACCUUGUAUAUCUAUGAAAUUUUGUUUUAUGGAUAAAAAUUAUAAACUCUUUAUAUUUCCUAAUCCUGUGGUUUGUACACAAAAUAACCGGAGCGAUACUUUAUUUACAUGUACAUAGUGAAAGAGGCGUACGGUCCGUUUUUAAUUCAGGGUAAAAUGAUAUAAUUAGUAUUUUUAACUCUGUAUUUUGUAAAUUGUUACAAAAGCAGAAGCAUUAAACGCCACUUUGGCUACAGGAUGGA